GUGGUGCAGUUGCCACGGUAAUUAGAGAAAGGCUGAUUUCUGUCCGGCUGAGAAUGGCCAUCAGUCCAGGAAGUGAUGCAGCAUUCUCCAGUCAGAAAACAACGCUUUCAGAGAGUCCUCGAACAAAGAAAUUUCCAGUAACUGAAGAGGAGAUAUUUUAUAUGAAUUGUAGAGCUGCCUACUUAACUGUCUUCAAAAGCAGCUUAGAAAAUAUUAUUUCUAAAGAUCAACUUUACUUAGCUCUUCAGCAUGCAGGAAGAAAUCCAUCCCAAAAGACUAUUAAUAAGUAUUGGACUCCUCAAACUGCCAAACUGAAUUUUGAUGAUUUUUGUAUAAUUUUAAAGAAGGAAAAACCUACUUCAAAAGCAGACCUGCUAAAAUCAUUUAAACAAUUAGAUGUAAACGAUGAUGGCUCUAUUUUACACACAGACCUUUAUAAAUUUCUAACAAAGAGAGGUGAAAAGAUGACGCGAGAAGAAGUAAAUGCUAUAAUAAAUUUGGCUGAUGUAAAUGCUGAUGGCAAAUUUGACUACGUUGAGUUUUGUAAAUUAUAUAUGACCACCAAUGAGCAAUGUCUCAAGACUACACUAGAAAAACUGGAGGUUGACAGUAAACUGAGGCGUCAACAGUUUGGAAGCCACAUUGAAGGGUCCCCUGAAAGGGACCCGUCACCAGUACCAAAACCAUCACCUAGAAUCAUAAGAAAAACUGAUCAGGAAACAUUCUCAAAUAAAGGUGACACCAGGAGUUCUUUACUGUCUGCAACUAGAACGUUCAAAACAUCUCUUUCUUUCACAAUUACCAUGGGUGCUAAUAGUAACCGAAACUCAAAGUUAACUGAGCCAAGCUUAAUAAAGGACUGGCAAUGCGUACAGUCAAAAGGUUGCUUCUUUGUAGAAGAGGAUGGUGAAAUCAUUAGUCAUCAGUACAAGAUGCAAAUAGCUCAGAGGUCCAUGGUUUAUCUAACAAUUAAGCCAUUAAACUUAAGUCAAGUUGAAGGAAAACCAUCCCGUUGGUUAUCAGUUGACACUGCCUUGUAUAUUCUUAAGGAAAGUGAGAGUCAAGCAAAUCUACAGUUCGUGUGUUUUACUGAACUACGAAAUAGAGAAGUGUUUGGAUGGACUGGUGAACUAGGGCCUGGAAUUUACUGGUUAAUUCCUUCCACAACUGGCUGUAGGCUGAGGAAAGAAAUAAAACCAACAACAGAAGAAGCCCAACUUGUGUAUAGAGAUGAUACAGGGGAAUUAUUUCUUACAGAGGAAUUUAGGUCAACUUUAUCAGAUAUAUUUGAAGUAAUUGAUUUAGAUGGAAAUGGUCUUCUUAGCCUUGAAGAAUAUAAUUUUUUUGAAUUAAGAACAAGUGGUGAGAAAUGUGAUGAAGAUGCUUGGGCUGUCUGCAGAGAGAAUUUUGACACAAAGAAGAAUGAACUGACAAGACAAGGAUUUAUGGAUUUGAAUCUAAUGGAAGCCAAUGAUCGAGAAGGAGAUCCUUGUGACCUUUGGGUAACUCUACAUUCAAUGGGCUACAAUAAAGCUCUGGAGUUGACAGAGGCAUGUCCAUUUAUCAUCGAUAUCUAUGCAGAAAAAUGCAAGCCAAGAAUUAAAGCUGUCCAUAUGGAGGCAUGUAGUGGGCAACUUGAGAAGGCCAUUUGUAAAUCUGUCCUUAACAGGGGUGAUGCCAAAGUAAUGGAUGGCUAUGAAAAUAUAAUUGUACAUACUUAUAAUUGUGACACCUGGAUAACGUCAGUUAUUGAAAACAAGUCAAAUAAUAAAGUGAUUAUUCACAUCAACAAUGAGUUAAGUAAAAACUGCGUAAACAACAGAGGACUCAACAUAUUUGCAGUAGAAGUGGCACCAAAAUCUACAAUGGUUUGUCAACAUGUAAUGCCUCUGAAUGAACGACAAGAAUGGAUAUAUUAUUGUGUGUAUUCCCUCAUAUCUUAAAUAAUUCAACUUGGAAGUAUCAAACUGAGAAGAAUUAUUUCACAUUUGGUCUGUUAUUUAUUGAUCAACUAAAUGCUAAUCAAUUUAACUGAUGUACCAAGGUUUUGGGGAAUAUGUCACUUUUUCCAAGAAUCCUUUCCUGAUUACUUCCCUGACCAAGAUGACUUUGAUGGCCCUAACACUUAAUGCUCAGUGCUGUUGUAGCACUCAUCAUACUAUAUGAAGAUUGCUGUUCAUUUGUCUGUACCCUUGACUAGGUUGAAAGCAGCAACAGUUAUAACCUCAGCAUAUGCCAUAGAAAUCAUAAUAGAUAUGUAAUAAAUAUUGGUAGGAUGGUUGAAUA